AUUUGCGUUUGCUCUCACCACCCGUUUUCGUCUUCAAAACAUAAACUAAAAAUCACCCCAAAAGCGAGAAACCAGCUUCACCUUCCCCGACCCUUAAACCUCUCCAAUGGCCAAGACGCUAAUAACAACUCGCCCUUACAUCAUCUUCUCAUCUACAAAAACCAAUCUUUUCCUCAAAUCCUUCCCACCCUUUACCCACUCCAGCAAGUCUUUUACCUCUCAAGCCACACUCUUGGCAACCAAAAACCACUCAAAUUCAGGCUUGUUUUGGUCUUCCGAAAUUAAUAAACCAAUAAACAAUGACGAUAAAAACAACAGGGUUGUUUCAAAACCAGGUUUUGGAAUUCUGGGUCACCGCAAAUUUUCCAUCAAAGCCACUCAUGUUAAUGAUCCUGGCUCCAUCGAUUCCCUUCUCAUGCAAUCUAUGGAGAAAAAGAUCAAGGAACAUUUAAAUGCAGAAUCAGUCAUUGUAAAAGAUGCAUCUGGAGAUGGCCGACAUGUUUGAUGUGUCAAUAUGAGUGAGGAUAUGGGGUAUGGUUGUAUGGAAUUGGACAUGGAUGUUGUGGGCUUGUCGCAGACUACCACAAAUUGUGCAACAUUGAGGGUUGAGGGGAAGUCAAGCUCACCAUUUUGCAGGUUCUUUUGGAUUCUAAGAAGUCACUGAAUUGGUGGACGUCUGCUUUAAACAAAUCUUUAUAGUAUCUUUCUUUGUUGCAAAAAAAAAACAUGUAAAUCAUUACAACUAUAAGACUAUUAAUAUAUUGGAAAAUAUUAUUGCUCUCAUUAGUUCUAUGGUGCAAGGAUGAGUCUGAGGCCAGUUAGUGAAAGACUGCAUGUUCAACUUGAGUACAGCAUUGGAUUGGAAAAUGUUAAAAGAUAGAAACUAAAAUAAGAACCAUAUCCAAAAUUAUUUUUUGCAAGAACAGUUAUCAUGGGCCUAAUAGAGCACAAUAGCUUUCCUUUGUUGCAAAUUUAUGCACUCUAAUAAUUACCAAUACAUAAUUCCCAGAAACUUCAUUUUUAUUACAUGUUCUAAACGUGCCUGAGUCCAUUUGAAAUUAUCGUCUUACUGUUCUUAGUGGGACAUGAUAUAAGUGCAUAGCUUAUGUUUGAAUACAUGUAAAAUUUAUAUUUUGUAAGGUAUCAUUUUAGCAGUUUACAGGGUAGUCACAAUAUGAAGUUGGGAGUUUGAUGAAUGGAUAAAGACUGAAAGGUGAAGCAUGAGUGCUGCCCCUAAAUAUUUUUGCAUUCUCAUAAGCUGGUAUUGGAUUUGAUCAUGGAGGUCUAAUGAACUUUUAGGCUGGAGACCAAGUGGGGUCUUUCCUUAAUAUGUUUGUACUAUAAAGAUUGAUUUGUUGGACUCCAUGUAUCUGAUUAUCUGGAAUGGCUUGUCUCUGAGAACUAUGAUGCAGCACAAAUAUGGCAAGAUAAUUAAUGCCGUCAAUACCUACUUAGCAGUAACAAAGUCUCAAUUACCUUAUAAAUUGUUGGGCUUUUUGGUACGAGGUUUAUUUCUGCUUAAGAAUUUGAAUGGCUCAGUUCACCAACUCUCAUCAGUUGCACAUGUGCUCACAUGACCUUUUCUUUAAGUUUCAAAAUAUGAUCAAUGAGACUUGCUUUUUGUGUGCAGAAAUUGCAUUUGUACAAAGUGCAAUUCAUCUUAUUUUGGUGCUUACAGUGUGCUUGGCUUCACACUUUGCACAAUU